CACUUACUAACUGACAGCCAACUCGUUGGCAUGUUAUCCCGUCAAUGAAUCCUUCUAUAUCAUGUGAAAUUACAAUUGUGUUAUAAGACAUUUUUAUAAAACAUUUCGAAUCUAUGGCGGUUAAAAAUAAAGCGUUUGAGAGAAUAUCUAAGUUUGCAUCUAGACAUGAAAUAUCCUUUUCAGGAAUAAAGAAGAGAAGAAGUUUAUACAAUGUUGAGUUACGCAAAUUUAAACGUAGUGAACAUAUAUGGAAGAAGCGGAAUGUUAAAUCUUUCGGUGAAGAACAGUUGUUAAUUCCCUCGGACACCCUGCUAAGCUCUUUUUGCGAAGAAUUCCAUAAGUUAAGCCAGGAUUUAAAAGAUUCUGACCUUAGUACACGGAAGAUUGCUCUUGAAAAAUUUAGGUUAUUAUUUUCGAGUCCCUUUAUAGAAGAAGUUAAAAAGGAAAAGGGUCUCCAGUUAGUACCGACUCUGCUAUUACUGCUAGCUGACGACGCUUACCAAGAUUUACAGUACGAAGCUGCUUGUCUUUUGACGACUUUUUCUUGUUUUUCUGGUGAUAUCCUCCGAAAAUUUGCUACAAAAGACGUCGUUAAGCAUCUUGUUGGUCUGGUGAAUAUGUCCAACGAACUUAUAUGUGAGCAAGCUGUGUGGACCCUAGGAAAUCUUGCUGGUAACUGCCUGGAGCUAGCCCAACGUGUGCUUUCUCUGGGAGCCGUUCCAGCUAUUAACUCACUAAUACGCCGAGCAUCGAGACUCUGCACUGUGAAGCUAGCGGUCUGGACCCUUUCUAACCUGUGCCAGAGGGACACUUCUUUUGAAGGUGAAUCCGAAAAACAUUGCUGGUCUGCCCUUUCCUGGCUCAUAAACAGCAGUGACGAUAUUGAAAUUCUAACCGACACAUGUUGGUCUCUACAAAACUUGUGUUUCGUUAGUGGUGGUAGUUGCAGCGACUCGCUCUCCCAGUCUGGGAUCCUUGGUCGCCUUGUGGAUUUGGUGUCCUCCGAAGAAAUGAGUAUCAAAAUGCCCGCUCUCAGGACACUGGGUAUCUUCAUUUGCCACAAUCCAUGGCAUAUACAAAUCGUCUUAAACUGUGGAAUUCUCAGCGCAAUAAGAGAUUUAUUAAAGCAUAACAACGAAUCUCUGGUGAUGGAUACCUGCUGGGUAGUGUCACUUCUCUCCGAGGGAAGUUGUUACCAAAUCCAGUUCGUUAUUAAAACAAAUAUUCCUCAGCAGUUGACUUGUCUUAUGAAAAGCGAAUCGAGGGGGAUUAGAGAGGAAGCAGCCUGGGCUGUGUGUAACUUGCUUACUUGUGGCACCCAGGAGCAAACAGUCGCAGUUUUGAACCUCAAUUGUACCUCUGAUCUGUGCGCUGUUCUGGUGAGCGAGCUCGAUAUCGAUUUCUUAAGAGUUGCACUUUCGGCAUUGGAGAGAGCUCUUAGAGUUUCUAUCAAUUUCUGCAGCGACUGUGAGUUUUGCCAGGGCUGUUCUUCAUGUGAACGCUUAAAGAAUCUUAGAAUUGACAUCGAAGAAAGCGCAAUGACCACUCUUACUGAACUUUCCGUCCACCACAACGCUCAGUUAUCUAAAUUUUCCUUGAGAGUACUCCAUCUGCUCUCCGCCGACGACGCAGCCGAAACAAGCUCGUCUCCGUUCUCUCCUCGCCUUACAAGUAAACCAGAUAGAGAUAGGAGAAGAGGAUCUGAGUCGCCCGAAGUAAGCUUAUAUUAUUUCUAA